GUUCUGGAAACCCCAAGCGCGCGGACCUGCCAACGCCCGGCGCAGAGAAACAAACAGAAAGGAUACGAUCUUGAAUGAGAGCAGUGGAUUUAUAAAAGCACAGCUAUGCAGACGAUCAAGUGCGUCGUUGUUGGUGAUGGUGCAGUGGGUAAAACCUGUCUAUUAAUCUCCUAUACAACUAAUAAAUUCCCCUCCGAAUAUGUACCAACGGUCUUUGAUAACUAUGCAGUUACGGUUAUGAUUGGUGGUGAGCCGUACACCCUGGGGCUGUUUGAUACUGCAGGUCAGGAAGAUUACGAUAGAUUACGACCCCUGAGUUACCCUCAGACAGAUGUCUUCUUAGUCUGUUUCUCAGUUGUUUCACCUUCUUCGUUUGAAAACGUCAAAGAAAAGUGGGUACCUGAGAUCACCCACCACUGUCCAAAGACCCCUUUCCUGCUGGUGGGGACGCAGAUUGAUCUGAGAGAUGAUCCUUCUACUAUCGAGAAGCUUGCCAAGAACAAACAGAAACCCAUCACUCCGGAGACGGCAGAGAAGCUGGCCCGCGAUCUGAAGGCCGUCAAAUACGUGGAGUGCUCCGCUCUGACGCAGAAAGGCCUUAAGAACGUAUUUGAUGAGGCGAUUUUGGCAGCCCUGGAGCCCCCAGAGCCCAAGAAGAAGCGUAAAUGUGUGCUGCUAUGAGCGUCCACUUUCCCAUCUCUCUCUCCCCCCUCUCCCUUCUUUGCUCUGCUAAGGCUGGUUCACAGCUUUACACACUCUAAAACAAAAAAGCAAUGUGUAAAAGAAGUGAGUUUUCAAUAUUUGCUCUGCAAUAAAGAUAUAAAAGAUUACCCACCAUGCACAUAAACACAUGAACACACACAACCCACAUGCCCAUUAAUAUUAAAACCUAGAGGGCCUUUUCUAGUUUUGAUUCCAGGGGCUUUAGUUCUGUACUUCAUGGUGACAUUUAUUAGAGAUGCUGCCUUGGUUUGCAAGCUGAGUUUUGAACGUUUAAGUCGGUCAAAGUAACACAUACAGUAGUAAUGCUUUGCAGGCAUGCUCGAUCUCUAAAGUAGAUUUCAGGUUGUAUCAGUUUCCAUUGUACGCCGUUCAAAAUGGCUCUCGAGUCACGUGACCUGAAAUGACACUUCACUAGCCUAAGAAAUAAAAGCAUAGAAUUAAUAUAUUUCCAGAAGUGUUCGCAAGUAUGCUGUAAUCUCUCUUUUUCUCUCUCUCUCACCAUUGAACAUCAUCACCAGAAGUGCUUAGAAAUAGCUCCUUUAUUCUUUGCCAAUUGUCCCAUUUGAUAGGCAUUCAAAACAGUGGCCCUGUAAAUGGUUGCAGUUGUUUUCUGUGCAUAAUUGUUUGACUCCUCAUAUGAAAAAUUUGGUCUCUCAAGCAGGGAACUUUCUAACAGUGUUAGCAGAACAAGUGGCGUGUUCUAAUGCGUUGCUCGGGACCAUGGAAGCGUUUUUUUCCAGAACUUGUGAUGCAUGUAGGUAAGCCUCCAGGUUCCUUUUGAAUAGGUUAUCAUUAAUGAAUAAUAAUGUAAGCUGACAGACGUUGUUGUAGGCUCCAGUUGUUUUUAUUUUACCAAAUGUUUUUUGCUGUUUCUUUGUGAUUUAUUUUUUGUUUUUAUCUUAAUUUUUUGUUUUCUUCAAAUGUUUAUUUCACUGCUUUUGUUUUGGGGCUGGAUCCCAGCAAUUCUCUGAUCCAUCUGUGCGUAUGUUGUUGUUGUUGUUGUUUUUUUGUAAGAAAUUUGUUGUAGUCAAGAUAACCUCGCUCUCUCUCAGACUUUAAACCCUGAAUAGAACCAAGUUUCAUACUGUAACACAGGUGGAUCAAAGUUGGUUUGAUUUCCAGUCUUUUCCCCCCCUCCCUAGUUACUUGUUUUUUGUUUUGGUGAAAACCAAAUGCUCUGUAUGAAGUCUUUCCUUUGUACUGUAUAUGCAUUAUUUUGAGAAAAAAAUAUUAAACUUAUACCUUAAUUGCCUUUA